AUGGCGGAGGAUCUCUCAUCCCCGUUCUGCAAAAUCGACGGCCUCGAUCGCAACGAUUUCCGAGAGGCGGCUUACGAGGUGUUCUUCACGGCCUGCCGGUCGUCGCCGGGGUUCGGUGGCCGGAACGCUAUUCCGUACUACAAAUCCUCCGGCGACGGAGGCGGGGACGGAAUGGCGCCGGAGCCUGAAUCUCCGGCGGCCGGCGGCGCUGUGAUUAGCAGGAUAAAGAGGGAAUUAGGGCUGAAAAUGCUGAACCGGCCGAGACGGAGCAGCUCGAUCGGAUCUUCGUCUUCGUCGCCGGCGUCGAUGGCGUCGCCGGGAUCGAGUCCGACGGUGGGUUUCACGGUGCCGGCGCCGAGGGGGAGGGUGAGGCGGCCGAUGACGUCAGCAGAGAUAAUGAAAGAGCAGAUGAGAAUUACGGAUCAGAGCGACAAUCGGCUGCGGAAAACGCUCAUGAGAACCCUCGUUGGCCAAAUGGGACGGCGCGCCGAGACAAUAAUCCUCCCAUUAGAGCUUUUACGGCAUCUAAAGCCAUCGGAGUUCAGCAACGGCCACGACUACCACAUAUGGCAACAACGACAACUAAAAAUCCUCGAGGCCGGUCUCCUCCAUCACCCCGCGAUCCCACUAGAAAAAUCGAACACAUUCGCCACCAACCUACGAGACAUCAUAGAUUCCUCCGAAGCCAAGACAAUCGACACGGGAAGGAAUUCGGACACAAUGAGAGCCCUAUGCAAUUGUGUGCUCGCCUUAGCUUGGCGAAGCCCAAACCCUUCCCCGGAUAACAAUGAAAUAUGCCAUUGGGCCGAUGGAUACCCUUUAAACGUGCAUAUCUACACGGCCCUCCUCCGAUCACUUUUUGAUCUAACGGACGAGACAUCGCUCCUCGACGAGGUUGACGAGCUUCUUGAGCUUACAAAAAAGACAUGGUCCGUAUUGGGGAUCGAUAGAUCCAUACAUAACCUAUGUUUCGCUUGGGUUAUUUUCGAGCAAUAUGUAAUGACCGGACAAGUGGAGCCGGACCUCCUAGGCGCUUGUCUAAUUAUGUUUAAAGAAGUGGAGGCCGAUGCGAGAAGGGUCCGUGGUAAGGAGGAAAUGGCUUAUCUGAAAAUGCUGCAAUGCAUUUUGCCAGGAAUGGCGAAGUGGUGCAGGAAGAAGCUUCUAGAUUAUCACGAGAAUUUUCGUGGCGAUUUGGUUAGGGUUAUGGAGGCUAUUCUUCCUUUGCUUUGCUCGUGCACGAAGAUAUUGGAGGAGAAUGUCUCGAGCCAUGGACACAAAGUUGAAGGCGACGGGGAGUUUCAUGGCAAUAAGAUCGACUAUUGUAUUCGAUCUUCGAUGAAGAAUGCCUUUGUUAGGAUGGUAGAGGAUCGAACGCGAGCCAGCGUAGGAAAUAGCGAAGCGCAAGAACCGAGCAAGAAGCUCAUUAAAUGGGCUAAAAAAACCGAAGAACUAGCCGCUAAAGAGAAGGAAAAUUUCAGUCCACUUCUCAAGAAAUGGAAUCCUACAGCGACCGGAGUUGCCUCCGUGGCUCUCCACACGUGCUACGGAUGUUUGUUAAAGCAAUACCUCGCGGGGAAAUCGAGCCCCUUGCACGAAACUCUCUUGGUAUUGCAAAGAGCCGGGAAGCUCGAACAAGCCCUCAUGCAAAUGGUGGUCGAGGACUCGGUUGAAUGCGAGGAUGGAGGAAAAUCGAUCGUGAGGCAAAUGAUUCCUUAUGAAGUUGAUACUGUGAUCGAAAGGUUACUCAAACAAUGGAUUCAAGAGAGAUUACAGAUGGGGAAGGAACAUGUUCUUCGAGCGAAGCAAACAGAAUCUUGGAAUCCGACAUCCAAAACUCAGCCAUACGCUCAGUCUGCGAAAGAUCUAAUCGGCUUUGCAAAGGAGACGAUGGAAAAGUUCUUGGAAAUCCCGAUAAACUUACCGGAGAACAUAUUCUAUGAUCUUGUUGACGGCAUCGACAACGUUUUUUCGGAUUACAUUAGUUUUGUGGCAUCAUGUGGAGCUAAACAAAGUUAUCUCCCGACGCUUCCGCCGCUAACGCGAUGCUGCCAUGACUCAAAGCUUUUUAAACUGUGGAAGAAAACGGCAUGCGGCGUGGGGUUAGAAGACCCAUUCCGGUGUCUAUCGAAUGACGGCAAAAAUCCAAAUCUGUGGACGAGCCGCGGAACUCAACGCCUUUACAUCCGAAUCAACACAUUGUCCUACCUCGACGCGCAGCUUCACUCACUCGAGAAAUCGCUAACCUCGGCCUCCUCCUCUAAGGUCACUCAAUCGAAAAAUCACUUGGGAAGCUCUCGAAGACCAUCCGAAAUCCCUUAUUUCGAUCAAACUUACUCGGCGACUCAAGUAGCCUCUCAUCACGUGUGCGAAGUCGCCGCUUAUCGCCUAAUUUUCUUGGACUCCUACGUCGUCUUCUACGGAAGCCUUUACGUUAGGAACGUCGCGAAAGCGCGCAUCACGCUAGCGUUGCGAAUUCUCGAGCAAAAUAUUACGCUUUUACGCACGAUCGUCGCUCAACAAGUCCAAGCGCUCGCGUUGAAGGAAGUGAUGAGGGCUUCGUUCGAGGCGUUUCUACGCGUGCUUCUAGCCGGGGGAAAUUCUAGGGUUUUCUCGCAAUUGGAUCAUCCGAUGAUCGAGGAGGAUCUCGAGAGCUUGAAGCGCGUAUUCUACGCACACGGCGAGUGCAUGUUGCCGAAAGAUAUGGUCGACAAAGAAGCAGAGGCGGCGAAUGGAGUGGUCGCGGUAAUGAAGGAAUCCACCGAGCAAUUAGUCGAGAAUUUUAAGAGCGCCGCGACCGAAGCUUGCGGGAUCGGCGUUGUGAGCUCGAAGCCGAGGAUUACUAUGCCCCCGACGACGGGGAAAUGGAAUAGGUCGGAUCCGAAUACAAUCUUGAGGGUGCUUUGCAAUCGGAACGAUCGCAUCGCGAAUCGAUUUCUCAAGAAGACGUUCCAUUUGCCUAAGAGGAGAUAUGCGAACAAGAUGAGUUGA